ACACAUUUCCACAGCUUUACAACUUGCAGUUUCCAACAGCUUGAACAAAUUACAACCUCUUAACGGGAAGACUUCGAUCGGUCACUUUUUUGAAAACAGCCUAGCUGUAGAAUUUGAGAUCGUGUAGCACCAUCAGUGAUCCCAAGAUGACCGUGGCGAUCACGAAUUCAACGUACAUAGAUUUCGUAUCCUUCGAAGUCUUAGACUAGACUUUUCAUGAUCCUCGUUUUCACACCGAAACUCUUCCAUUCUUCGCUCUAUUAUUGCGCACCAAAUCUUUAAGUCUAGCGUCAUCGAGGCAAAUCCAUGUCGUUGACAGAGAGUUGUGGGGAGAUAGCUGACAGUUUUGGAGAGCAUCCAUAUCGCCAUUGUUGAUUUUCACAUAGAGAAGCAUCUAAGGAGCCAGCUGCACGACACAAUCCUCGGCUGUGGGAGUUUCUUCUCUUCAUGGGAAUUCCUACGAAUUGUGGUGAGAUAGCUGACAGUUUUGGAGAUCAUUCAUAUCGCCAUUGUUGAUUUUCACAUAAAGAAGCAUCUAAGGAGCCAGCUGCACGACACAAUACUCGGCUGGGGGAGUUUCUUAUCUUCAUGGGAAUUCCUACGAGGGGACGAGUGGAAAAUGCUCGUUCUGCUUUCAACCGCAGGUUCUGGUUUCGUAUGAGGCCGAGGAGCCCCAAACCCGACGAGAACUCCAACAUUCGGAGAAGAUGGGAUGUUCGUGCUUCUCCUUGCCGUCACAGACUCACGAGGAGAUCUCACUCUCCAUCUCCAGGCUCGAGGAACGAAUCUAGAUCUCGUUCUCGAGGUCCAGAGUCGGGACGCAGAUGGCGCCGUCACAACGAUAUUCCACACUCGCCAGCACGGAGGCCAUACUCGCCUCCACCAAGCCGUCACACAUCUGGACGAAAUAGAUAUCAGAAUUCAGCCGAGCAGCGCGGAUAUGGACAUGGAGCUGAAGGCCUCACACGACAACAUUCCCGAUAUUCAACUUGCCCAAGGAAGGGCCAUUAUUAUGGCUCGUUUCCUCCAUCGUCACUGGCAGGGCAAGGGAGGUCCAGAUCUCUAUUUUCUCCCCGACGCCAAACCUUCAGGCAUAGCAAGUGGCAUCCUUCAAAUUUGCCGUUUCCAAGUGGGGAAACUGUAAGAUCGAGAGCAGAUGCUGUAGGCCCUCCAAGGCUCCAGAGGUCUGGAUGUAGCCCUUGUUCUGUAGAGAGCGGAGAAUGCGUAGACUCUGAAAGAGGAGGAUCUGAGACGAGUGACAGCGAUGUUUGUUCAAGGCACGAAGACUCUACUCACUCUCCGCCCAAGUACAAGGCCAGACACCGAUACCCGAGUUCGGUUAAUUACGAAUCGAGUACUGUCUUUGUGGGUAACUUGCCACCUCAAGCUGCAGAAAGAGAGCUCAGAAACCAUUUUUCUGUGGUCGGAAAGGUCUUGAGUUGCACCAUAGUCUUGGAUCCUAGGACAAGAUUAUCACGAGGCUAUGGCUUCGUCGAAAUGGCCUCCCCGGAAGCGUCCAACAGAUGCAUCGAGCAUCUGAAUUACUCUAACUUUCGAGGUAGAUCUAUCACGGUCCGAAGGGCUCAUCGACGUUCUCCAUUUCCUAUUUCAUCCGAGCAUCUGGACAUUAAGAAUAUCGAGGAUUUGCCAAGCGAAUCCCGUUGUGAUGCUAACUACUAGCAUGGGUUCUAUGAAUACAGAUCUCCCCCUGGAGAAGCUCUUUCUUCUGUGGUCACCAAAAUUAGAUCUAAUCGAAUUCCUUCAUAGAACUUAGGAAAAUUCACGGUUAUAGACUAGAUGGAUGCAGGGACGAAAAACUUCUUUCCCAUCUCAUAUGACAAAUAUCUAUUCCUUUUUUCAUGAUUGGCUUUAGCAUCCAUAUCGAAUGAAGAUGAGUACAU